AAUCUCCCAUUUUCUGCUUCCAGAUGCGCCUGACCUGAUCCCACACAAGAUAGAGCAAAUACAGCAAAACCCUUUUACCUUUCAAACCCCAAAACCCAUAUUUCUUUCCUCCCUCUCUUAUAUUUAUCUUUCUAUGUAAGUAACUUUGGGUUUCACUUUCAUGGCAAUCCAAGGAUCUAGCUUUUGCUACAAUGCAAAUGUUAAUUGCAUGCCAUGUUCAAGCACUAAUUGUUUUAAGGGACUUCGUUGCUUGUCUCAACCACUUCCAAUUCCAAAGCCAUGCAUUACGGUAGUAGCUAAGGCUUCAAGAGGAAACAAGACCAAGUUUCCGGGUCAGUGCCUCUCCAAGUUGCCUAAUGGAAGACCUCCACCCUUCAGACAAAAUCCACAUGUGCUACUGUCGAUGCUUUGUCAAGCCGAAGGCGAUGACGUGGAGGGUAACCUGAGUGCUGAAAGCAUCAUAUCGGAUGAACAAACCUUACAGAGGGACCUACAGAUUGCCAUCGAGGAAGAAAACUAUGCUGAAGCAGCAAAAAUCAGGGACGAUCUACGAGUCCUACAUGAGGAUAGUAAGGCUUCUGUACUGGCAGCAAAUUCGCGGUUUUAUGAUGCUUUUAGGAGAGGGGAUCUAGCCACAAUGCAGAACCUUUGGGCGAAAGGAGAUGAUGUUUGUUGCGUGCACCCAGCGGCAAAUGGGAUAUCUGGUUAUGAUUUCAUAAUGGAAAGCUGGGAAAUUGUGUGGAUGAACUAUGAAUUUCCGCUAGAAAUAGAGCUGAAAAAUGUUAGGGUUCAUGUUAAAGGAGAUUUCGGGUAUGUUACAUGCAUGGAAUUUGUGAAGACAACAAAAGGUAACAAUUGGGGGGCACAGUUUGUAACAAAUGUGUUUGAGAGGAUUAAUGGUGAAUGGUAUAUAUGCAUUCACCAUGCUUCUCAAGCUGACUUGUGAAUCAUAUUUCAUUAUCAUUAUGUUUUGUACUCCUAUUAUAUACAUUCUUUUUUUUUCUUUUUAGAAGAUCAUCUGUAGAACACAUUGUUAACAUUUCCUUUUCAAUCAAGUCUGGGUUUCUUUUCCCUCUUAA